AAUGUGGCGGCCAUAAUGGUUAAAUAUCGUUUAACUUGAACCGAUAUCCGACUCAGAAAUAGACUCAAUUUGUAGGGAUGAACUAAAAAAGAAAAUCAUCAAGAUCGAUGCGAAGAACUUGAAAUUUUUAASUUGAUCAGCAGCAAUACAUUUUGAGGAGUAAUGAAUCUCUCACUYCGGCACACAGCGGUUCAAGGGGAACUUAUAACACUGCCUGCAAAAGGCCCUGUMACCAUUCAUCAAAGGGCUCUCUGUUGUUUCUGGUUAAGUGCCCUGGUACUAUAUAUCUUCAAGUUGGUCGACAGAGUCUUUCACUUCGGGUUUAAGCAUCGUAARCAAGAUAUUAACGAAGAGCUCAAGACGGUCAUUAUAGAUGAAUCUAAGCCAAAUGGGAUCAUUAAUAGCAGUGACACCCGUGACGAUCAACCCAAGACUAAUAUCACACAAAACCAAGACCAAACAACCACCAGGCGUCCUCAAAAUCAGCCUCCCGAAAUCACCUUCGACAAGUUCCUCGAAUCAGUUGCUAUACUGGGCUCAAUUAUGUUUUAUUUCUUCAUCUGCGACUACGAUCAUUACUUUCCAGCGGCRCCUCGAGUUUACUCACGUGAUCUCUUUAUAUUUCUCAUGCUCAUGUUGGUUCUGAUUGGUGCAUUCUUUACAUCACGUGAGUGCCCUGAUAAGCUGUURAGUAGAGARCAGACUGAGGAGUGGAAGGGCAUCAUGCAAGUGAUGUUUGUGUGGUAUCACUAUUUUAGAGCUUCAGAGACUUAUAAUGCGAUCAGAGUUUUUAUUGCUGCCUAUGUCUGGAUGACGGGUUUUGGAAACUUUUCCUUUUUUUGGGUUCGCAGUGAUUUUAGUUUAUACCGUGUCAUGAAGAUGAUGUUCCGGUUAAAUUUUCUUGUCUUGAUCACGUGCCUGGUAACAGCCAAUGAAUACAUGCUUUACUACAUCUGCGCAAUGCACGCCUUUUGGUUUGUAUCCGUAUAUGUGUGCAUGAGACCGCUGCAUAAAAGAAACACAGACCCAAAAGUUAUGGCCCUCAAGUUCGCCUUGUAUUUUGGAGUGGUAUUUUUGUUGUUCGAUGUUCCUUCUGUUGGAGAAUUAGCAUUUAAACCUUUGRGAUUUAUAUUGAAUUACAAGAAUUCYCUCCACGAGUGGAUGUUCAGAGCUGGGCUUGAUCAUUACGCGACUUUUUUGGGGAUGHUAGUGGCUUAUUUCCACCCAAACUUGGAAAAUCUUUUGGCUUACGCAGAAAGUCCUAAACAUUCUUCCAAAGUGCGCUAUGCUUACAAAAUYAUAAAGGUUAUAAUUAUAGUUUGUUUUCUAGCGCUUUUGCUGUCUUGGGUCAAACAUGUGUUUGUUUUAGACAAGUACAGUUAUAAUGCUCUACAUCCAUAUUUUGCCUUCAUUCCCCUACUUACCUAYAUAUGCCUUCGUAACCUGUAUCCCUCCCUGCGCACUAGAUAUAUACAUCUGUUUUCGUGGCUUGGUAAAAUUACCUUAGAGACGUACAUCGCUCAGCUUCAUAUUUUAAUGCAGGGGAAUGCUAAAUAUUUGAUAGUAUAUAUCAAUGGUUAUCCGCUUCUAAAUUUCACAAUCGCAACAAUAAUUUAUUUAUUUAUGUCCUAUAACUUAUUUCAUGUUACAGUAGACCUUAGCGCGUAUCUUAUUAAUAAGGAUUUUAUUGUUAUGGGUCGUAAGGGGUUGGUUGGAGUGGUGUGGUUAGGUGUGUGUUAUGCAAUAGCUUCUGUAUUAUAG